CUAUACAGACCCUAUACACUGGAAAUCAACCAAACGUGCCAUGAGACUCUUGAUGAAAUCCUUUCUUAUGCUAUGCUUCGUGUGUUUGAUCUGUCGAGCAUAUGGCAUUUCCCGUGAUUCGUUCAUUUUAAAGAGACUUCACCUGACGGACGAGGUCGUGUUGGGAUUGCUAAGAAGAGUUGAAACCCUCGAAAGUGGACGAUCUAAUGUGUGCGCAGUACAAGGUUGGUGCGUUGUGUUCGACUUUGAAUCUGGCGUGACUGGAUGGACCACGAGUGGCGCAGCCUUCAACAAUCAGCCAACAUGGGGAGAUAAUCCCACAGCCAGAAAAAGAGGACAGCCAUCAAAGCAUAGGGGAGAUUGGUGGAUUGGAACAKUUGAAAAUCGUCCAAGUGAAGCCCAUAAGCCUGGAGCGGURCAAGGUGACGGUCCCAAAGGAACUGUGACGUCACCAUCCUUUGUGAUCAAGGGAGACAAGAUGAGGUUCUUGAUUGGUGGAGGCUGUGACAUGGCMACUGAACGUGUAGAGCUGGUGGUCGGUGGAAAAGCUGUUGCCAAAGCGACUGGGAAGUGCCAUGAAACAAUGGCACCCCAUGUUUGGAGUCUCGACAAGUCCUUAAAGGGAAAAACAGCCCGCCUGCAAUUGGUUGACAAUAGCAGUGGUGGUUGGGGUCAUAUCAACUUCGAUCACUUUGAGAUGUUUGUUAAUUAGCUGUGUAUGUUAUKCAAUAAGUUCUAAGCGACAUAACACAUUGUCUGCUGACAAUCCUUUAAAAUGUUUGUUAAACUUAACUUUCAAAAUGCAUAACGAAAAUWAGUGAAAUCAAAAUAAAGUUGUGUAACGACCUAGGA